AUGGCAAAGUCAGAGAAACACAAGGUUGAGGCGCAAGCCUCACCUUCAACCACAGGUACAAGCAGAUUGGCAGCUAAAGAGGAAGCAGUCGAUCCUGCCCUCGCUUCCCUAUUUGCUUCAAGUUCGGGACCAGUGAAAGUACAGCCGAGAGUUUCGAGCUCUGCGCAAACUGCUUCUGCGCAAAGACCGCCGAGGACAGAAGAAGAGGGGACCUCCUCCUCCGACUCCGAGUCCCCCGAAAACAGUGACGGCAACAACGACUUGGAAGCCUCAGACAACUCCUCUGGUGACGAAUCGUCGACGUCGGAGCAGGAAGCUACAGUCACAGUCAAGAAGCCUCGUAAACGCAAGCGUGCCACCGACGAUGAUGAUCUCGAGCAAACAUAUUUCAAGCGGCUAGAGUUGGAAGAGGACAGGGAAAACCGCAAGAGAGAACCCGUCCAAACGGGCGACGAUGACGCCGAAGAAAGCUCGAGCGAAGGCGACGCCUCCUCUUCCGACUCUGACGAGGAUUCAUUGAGCGAACCCUCUGAGAUCGAAGUGACCCCGAAACAUGAGGUCUUUGACAAGAAGCUCAAGGACCAAGACAAAUUCAACAGAACCGUGUUCUUGGGGAACGUAUCCACUCAAGCUAUCAAAUCCAAGUCGGCGAAAAGAGAACUGACCAGACAUCUACGCUCUGUGUUGAAGACAUCAGUUGAUGGAAAGAGGCCUGGAAAACUCGAGUCGGUCCGGUUCCGAUCCACCGCCUACGCGUCUGGACAGGGCCCAAAGAAAGCCACAUAUGCCAAGAAGGAACUCAUGGACGCGACCACCGUCAGCACAAACGCUUAUGCAGUCUUCACCACCGACAUUGCUGCGGAAUAUGUGGCGAAGAAGCUCAACGGAACCGUUGUGCUUGACCGCCACUUGAGAGUCGAUUACCUGGCCAAACCCUCGGCUAUUGACCACAAGCGAUGCGUGUUUAUCGGGAACUUGAGCUUUGUCAACGAAGAGGCACCUCCACCCGACAACGAGGAAGAUCCUCAGAAGAGACGACGGUCGACAGCAAAAGAGCCCGCCGAUGCAGAAGAAGGUCUGUGGCGAGCAUUCAGCAAAGCCGGACAAGUUGAAAGCGUGCGUGUGGUACGAGACCAAGAGACGCGCGUCGGCAAGGGAUUCGCCUACGUCCAGUUCAAGGAUGAGAACAGCGUCGAGGCCGCACUGCUCAUGAACGACAGGAAAUUCCCGCCGAUGCUGCCGCGAAAACUUCGCGUCAUGCGCGCCAGGAAGAUGCAGAUCAAGCGCCCCACCCCCAAUCCAAGAGGGGCUCUGGCCAAGGACUGGAGACACAAAGGGUGGUCGAACGGCAACGGCAACGGUGCCAUGAGAGGGAAAGAUGACAGGAGGCCGAAACGCCCAUUGAUCUUCGAAGGUCACCGCGCUUCAAGCACGGGUACCGCUGGCAAAGGAAAGGGGAGCGGGUUGGGCAGCCGGGACAGAAAGAGGAGAAGACCAACAUCCAAAAGCGCUCAACGAAGUGCCCAGUACAAGGCGGCAAAGGCGAGAAAACAAAGACUCGGGGGAGGGAAAUGA